AUGACUAAAGAUAGAAUAAAAGAACUCGAAAAAGAUAAACCGUGGCCACAUGUUUCGUAUAGAAGACUAUCACGACAAUUUCAAAAACUUGAAUAUCAAAAUGAAAAUAGUCAUUCUACAACGAUUAACAUUGAUAAUGAAUCAAAUGUGACCGAUUUUCUAAAAGAAAUUGAUCUUAUUCGAUUAGAUAUUGAUAAAAUUGAUGAACUUAUACAAGAAGUUAAACAAAUACAUUCUGCAAUGCUAGACCCCAGGGCAAAUUCUAACUUAGGACAAGAACUUGAUGAUAAAAACGAAGAAAUAAAAAAUUCAUCAUAUGAAGUUUCUACAAAACUUAAAAAAAUGGAACAAGCUAAACAAAAUUGUGAUGAUCAUGAUAAAACGAAUGCUCAAUGGCGUGUAAAAGAAUCACAAAUAUUUGUAUUAACUAGACGUUUUCGUGAUACAAUGGUUGCAUAUAAUCAAGAAACUAUGUCCCAUCGUGAUCGAUGUAAAAGCGUUAUUGUGCGUGAACUUGAAAUGUCUGGAAAUCGAAAAACUAAUGAUGAAUUAGAAGACAUACUUGAAAGUGGUUUUCCUGGAACAUUUAAUCUUUCCAUAUUAGUUGAUACACAAAAAGCUAAACAAUCAUUAGAUGCAAUUGAAGCACGUCAUCUUGAUAUAAUUAAACUUGAAAAUACUAUUAAAGAAUUAUACAAUAUGUUUCAAGAUUUAGCUAUGCUUGUUACAGAUCAAGGUGAAAUGAUCGAUAGUAUUGAACAUAAUGUAUCAAAAGCAGUAGACUAUGUUGAAGAUGGUACACGAGAUGUGGGUGCUGCUCAGCAAUAUGCUAAAAAAUCUUUUAAAAGAAAAGUUUGUAUUAUCAUUAUUCUAGCAACAAGUUUUCUUCUUAUUCUUCUUAUUCUACUUAUUGGUUAUUUUACACACAAAAGAAUUAUAGGAAAAUAA